AUGUUCUACCAAGGAACCACGUACACAGCAGUAGCAAGCGGAAAGCAUAGUUUCGCGGUUGCAUUGAGAAAUGGAAUAGUUCAUGUCUAUGACAACGUCACUUUGCAGAUAUCAAGGACUGUGCGUCAUGGCGCUGUUGUCAAGCUACUGAAGUACGAUGACACAGGCUCAAUCCUACUCUCGGCAGGCUUCCGUAGAGUCAGAAUGUGGGUGAUCCCAGAAGGAACUCAGAUGUGGGAAGUGGCUGUGCGAGACCCUCUGUUGGCGGCGGAAUUUAUUGAGGAGAAUCGCACCCUCAUUUCCAUCUCGUCACAGCAUAAACUGAUCAAGCAAGACGUCGCGACAGGAGCUAUAAUCGAAGCCACCGAAAGAAGGCCAAACGUUGUAUCCGAUGAAGCUGAGGAAACACUUCCUUUUUUUCGACGCGAACUUCGCUACGCUGAGUUUUCGGCACAGGCCGCGAUGCUUGCAACAAUGCAGCGUGAACGCCCUAUUCAGCUCUCGGAUAUUGAAGACCGGUAUGACGUUGGCAUGGUUGAGCUCGAAAUGAGCGACGAUGGCGACUAUGGCAUCACCGAGCAACCGAUCACUGCAAUGACAUUCUGUGCAAACAUUGACGUGGCACUGCUUGCUGUUGCGUACCGAGAUGGCAUCCUUGCAGUUUUCGACCGUGAUAUUCGUCUCAUCGAGAAGAGGGGAGAUAACAAAGCUGUCAGUCUGUUAGCUGGAUCUCCUGAUGGUCUAACCUUGGCUGCUGCAAGUGUCGAAGGAGUCAUUACUCUCUAUGACUUUGAGCAGUUGGUCCCCUUGCACGUGCUCUUCACAUCUUCCUUCGAAAACAUACGCUCUCUUGUCUUCAGCGGUGACGGCUGUCGCAUAAUUGACAUUCGUGAUCGACAAGCGAAUCUUUGGGCACCUGCAGCUUUGGUCAGCCGUGUGAAAGAAGAUUCAGACAGUCUCUCUGAGUCGACCCUGAAUCCGACAGUCGCAACGAGCGAUUGGACGGGGCUGAAAGAUGGUAUUGUGGACAUUACCGCCGUUGUGCCGAUCACAAACUCUGAGCAAUUCAUUUGUGGCCGUGAAGACGGUCGCAUCGCGAUCUACAGCCCAGGGGACGCAAACAAGGAGAAGCUGCUAUACACAGUCGCGGACAAACAAUGGAUAGGGAGACUUGUGUGGAAGGCGAAGAACCAAAUCCUUGCAUCUGUCAGUGGAACUUCGACUGUUACGGUCUUUGUACUCGGCCCUGAUUGGUCGGUCAAGGCCGUUCUUCUGCGGCAUGUCUUUCUCCACCCCGUCGUACACUUACUCUUCCAAGAGACUGCCGAAUGUCUACGAAUGGCUGUAGUCACGACGAGGGCAAUCAGUCUGUGGCUUGCGGAAUGUCCCUUGACAGGGCAGUGCUCUCUAACGGAGUCGAGAGUUCGAACCUUCGAUAAUGAUGGAUUGUUUCUCGAGGACCCACCAGACCCGUCCAUCGUUAGUCAAUAUGUAACCCUCGUGGAGCCAGACAGGCUUCGAAAUUACAGCUGGGAAGACCUCGAAGAAGUCGGAUCUGGAAAACACCUUUCGUUCUCCAUACCGGCUGGUCGAUCCCCGACUGAUGCAGUCCAAGGCGGCCAAGAAAACAUUAUGACCUUUGAUCGCGCAACCAGCUUGUCUGGAGAAGGUCACCGAAUACUUCUCCGGUCCGUUUCCUCGCAGACCACAACACUGUCACCCUCGGCAUCGACAUCAACAAAAUCGUCCAAUCGAAAACGCUGGAUUCUAGACCUCACACAACCCAAUCCCGCUACGAUUGAUACCCUCUCGCAACCCACCGACACAACUGGCGCAGCACUUCGCGCCAAUCUUCUUCCAGUCAGCCACCUGAUUGAGCACGUCAUCGGCAUCCGCAACGAGGGCAAGCAGCUGGUAUUUCUGUCCAAGACUCUCUGGGUAUGUUCUUACGACCUUGUUCUACCCUCAACAAAGGCGAGGAGACUGUCCACAGAUCACCGCGGAGGCGAGUACACACGCCACUUUUUUAUCCCCGACGACUGGAUCAGCAGCAACUACAACAACGCAACCAGUCAGCUGUUGUUCGUCCUCGGCGGCACCAAGGAGGAUUGUCUGGUGUUCGUCAAGAAGCAUGAGAUCGCAGUCAUCAGGGAGCCGUUUUCCCACGCCGAGAAGAUUCGCAUCACGUGA